AUGACUUCGUCCAUCGGCAUUCCGAUCAAGCUGCUUAACGAGGCCCAGGGCCAUAUCGUCACCCUGGAGCUGACUACUGGUCAGACCUAUCGCGGUAAGCUGAUCGAGGCCGAAGACAACAUGAAUGUCCAGCUCAAGGAUAUCACUGUGACGGCCCGUGACGGCCGCGUCAGCCACCUGGAACAAAUUUACAUCCGCGGCUCGCAUGUCCGUUUUUUCAUCGUCCCUGACAUGCUUAGGAAUGCGCCUAUGUUUCGCAGCCGCAACGUUCGUGGCCGUGGUGUCGGCCUUGCCCGCGGUAGGGCCACAGUUAGCCGUGCUCGUGCUAGCGGCCGUGGCCGGUAA